GAAAGAAAGAAAGAAAGAAAGAAAGAAAGAAAGAAAGAAAGAAAGAAAGAAAGAAAGAAAGAAAGAAAGAAAGGAAAUAAAUUCAUAGCCUUAUGGGAGUGACUCACUCACCUGUCCACAGCCUUUCUGCCGUUCGGACUCGGAUGCUCCUCAAACAAUGAGCGGUGGCUCACCAGGCUCCCCGGGCUCCCCGCCGGUCCUGAAGUUUCGCAGCUUCUCUGCGGUGGAGCCAUGCGUGGCGGAGCCCGAAACGGAGAUAGAGGACGGCGAUGCGCAGUUCCUGGGGGUGCCGAUGCGCUCGAGGGUCUGCGCUGCCACAUACGACUCCUUCCGGCGGCACAGCUGGGAACCGGGCAAAAUCCUCGACCACGACGACGACAACGACAACCCGGAUUUCAAUCAGAGAAGCGUGAGCUUGAGAGGCCUGGACAUCGAUGAGAUGGACUCGUCUUCGGCCGAGCAAAUGGACCGACUCCACCCCGGAAGGCGGGACCCCCGCCGGACCCCCAUCAUCCACAGCAACGACGAGUUGGAGUCACUGCUUUCCCAAGACGAGGACGAUCCAGACGUCCCCCAGGAACAUUCGGACAGGAUGCAACGGUACCAUUCUUCCCCAAACUCUGCCUGUCAAUCACUCUCGAAAUCGGUUUCCUUGAGUGGCAUCGACAGCUAUCCAGACGCUGAUGGAAUUUCCCUUUAUGCUGACGGUGUGAGCCUGACCAACGGCUUCGACACGGCCGAGGACGAAGGCGCCGACCCGGUGCAGCCCCCGAAAGAGGGGACCACCUUGGGACGGACCCUCAGUUUCUUGAGGAAGAUGGCCGGGAAGGGAAAGAAUAAAGAGAAAGAGAGGAUGAAAGAAGGCAAGGAGAAGGACGCCCGCUAUACCAACGGGCACCUCUUCACCUCCAUCACCGUCUCCGGCAUGACCAUGUGCUUCGCCUGCAAUAAGAGCAUCACCGCCAAGGAGGCCUUGAUUUGCCCCACUUGCAAUGUCACCAUUCACAACCGCUGCAAAGACACGCUCCCCAACUGUACCAAAGUCAAGCAGAAGCAGCAAAAGGCCGCCUUCCUCAAGAACAAUUCCGCCCUCCAGACGGUCUCCCUGCGGAGCAAACCAUCCAACCGGGAGCGCCCAAAUUCGGCUAUCUAUCCGUCGGAGAGUUUCCGCCAGACCCUGCUGGGCUCCCGCCGGGGCCGGCCCACGUUGUCCCUCUCCAAAAGCGUUUCCACCACAAACAUUGCGGGGAACUUCAAUGAUGAAUCUCCGCUGGGCCUCCGAAGGAUCCUGUCCCAGUCCACAGAUUCCCUCAAUAUGCGCAAUCGGACCCUCUCUGUCGAGUCGCUCAUCGAUGAAGGAGCUGAGGUCAUCUACAACCAACUGAUGAGUGACUUCGAGAUGGACGAGAAGGAUUUCGAAGCCGAUUCCUGGAGUUUGGCCGUUGACAAUAACUUCCUGCAGCAGCACAAGAAGGAAGUGAUGAAGCGCCAAGAUGUCAUUUAUGAGUUGAUCCAGACGGAGCUGCACCACGUCCAGACCCUGAAGAUCAUGACCAAUCUCUUCCGUAAGGGGAUGCUGGAGGAUCUCCAGAUGGACGUGGCCUUGGUGCAGAGCAUGUUCCCCAGCCUGGACGAGCUCAACGAGAUCCACGACCGGUUCCUCAUCCAGCUUCUGGAGCGUCGCAAAGAAUCGUUGGCCACGGACAGCAACAAGAACUUCGUCAUCAACCGGUUGGGAGACAUCCUGGUCCAGCAGUUUUCUGGCUCCAAUGCUGAGCAGAUGAAGAAAGCCUACUCCGAGUUCUGCAGCCGACACACCAAAGCUGUCAAAGUUUACAAAGAGCUCCUCGCCCGAGACAAGCGGUUCCAGCAGUUUAUCCGGAGGCUGACACGGCUUUCGGUGCUGCGGCGUCACGGCAUGCAGGAAUGCAUCCUCCUGGUCACGCAACGCAUCACCAAAUACCCGGGGCUUGUUGACCGGAUCCUGCAGAACUCCAAAGGGAACGAAGCCGACCAGCACGACCUGAGCUCGGCGCUGACGCUGGUGAAAGACCUGAUCAAGGACAUCGACCAAGAGGUCCACGACUGUGAGAAGAGCUCGCGGCUGCAGGAGAUCUAUGGCCGGGUGGACGGGCGCACCAAGGCCUCCCUGCCCUGGGAACGGGGCUUCUUCGGCAAGGACGAGAUGCUGCGGCGCAAGCUGGUCCGCGACGGCUGCAUGCUCUGGAAGACGGCCACCGGGCGCUUCAAAGAUGUCCUGGUGGUCUUGAUGACGGAUGUGCUCAUCUUCCUCCAGGAGAAGGACCAAAAGUACACUUUCCCAACCUUGGACAAGCCAGCGGUCAUCUCCAUCCAAAACCUGAUUGUCCGAGACAUUGCCAACCAAGAGAAGGGCAUGUUCCUCAUCAGCAACACCCCUCCGGAGAUGUACGAGGUCCACACGGCCUCCCGCGAUGACCGCAACACUUGGAUGAGGCAAAUCCAGCAGGCCGUCAAGCUAUGCCCCGACCGAGUGGAUUUCCCCCUCAUCGAGACAGAAAAUGAAGCUUCCCUGCGGAAACUGAAAGAUAAGAUCCAACAGCAUGACCGGGAAAUUGCAGAACUCCUGGAGCAGAAGGUGGGCUUCUUUGCUGAGCUGGUGGCUCUCCAGAGCGGCACCGAGGACGGACCCCCGACGGGCGCGAACCCUCGCUCGCUUUUCCGCACGGAAUCGUCGGAUGCGCCGCACGCCGAGAAGCUCAUCCAGGAGGCGGUCAAGGAAGUGGAGCUUCUCAAAGACCUCUUUUUGGGACCCAAUUGGGACCGGGACCAAAACCACGCUCCGAAUGGCUGCUCCAGCCCCAACCCCAAUAACGCCGCAAACGGGGAAACCGGGAACGUAAAUGGCUCACUUGAAUUCCCAAGGGCUGAGUCCGAGUCAAACCAACGGGAUGGGAAUGGAAACCAGUUGAAUCAGAAAGGACCCCAAGAGGAAAUAUUGCAGCGGCUCCGAAACCUCUAUUCUCUGCUGCACGGCCUUCAGGGAGUCGUCGCCAACCAGGACACGCUCUUAGAGGUGCAUUUCCAAGAGGCCAGCGAGCGGCGCGAGCGGUUGAGCCGGACCAACUCCCGCAAGGAGGGCUCCUCAACUGCCUCCUCGCAAGCCACGGACCUCUCGCUGCUGCAGAAGCAGCACACCCUCCUCCAGGAGGAGCUGAGCCGAUGCCGGCAGUUGUGCCAAGAGAAGAGCCAAGAGGUGGUGGCGCUGGAGGCCCGGCUGCGGGAGAGCGAGGCCGAGAGGGCCCGGCAAGAGCGGGAGGCCGACGAGGCACGGCGGCAACUGGCCACCCUCCGGCAACCCCUCGAGGCCAUGGCGUGGGUCCGGAAGGGCGCCGAGCCCCGGAGGCGCAGCCUGCCCGCUGGCGAUGCUCUGUACCAAAGCUUCACCCCACCGCCGGCCCGAUCCGGCGAUGUCCUCUCCCCCGGCUGCCACUCGGUGCAUCGGACUUUUGCCGCCUGCCAGCGCGAUGAGGCGGCGUACCAUGGGGUGCCCCUCCGGCUGCAGGAGGGUGACCCGGAGCUGGAGGCGCUUUCGGAGGAAGAGGGUCUGAUCCACCCGCACUCGCCCCCUCCCAGCCCACGAGAUUUCCUAAGGAUGCAGGACAUUCCCGAGGAAUCCGAAAAUGCCCCGGAUCCAAACGUCGGCGACAGCGGUUCUUUGGACAGCUAGAGGCCGAAAACGUUGCAAAAGUGAUGGGAUUUGUAGUCCAACCUGAACUCACGUUGCUGCAUUUGGGAGACUUAGAAAGAACACACCAAACAUCCAUGACGGAUGCAGAGUUCGAAUCCUCCUUUUUUCUUUCUUUCGUUCCCUUUUUCUUUUCUUUUUUUGUGGUCGUGACUCUCCUUUCCCUAGGAUAUUUAUUUUUUUGUUUUGGGGGGUGGAUUAUGACGGAUACGGUUUUUAAAAUUAAUUUUUGUUAUUUUGUUUUAUAAGAAACGGGUUGGGUGGAAGGAUUCGAACUCGGGACCAGCGCUUGGAUUGCCCCGAUUUUAACCCUGCGAAAGACACGCCGAAAUCCAAUUAUUAAAUUGCAGGAAAUAUUUUUAUUUUAUGGGACUUGUAGUCCAACCCGUCUGGCUUGCGAAAAAUGGGAUUUGUAGUCCGCCCCGUUUGAAUCCCUUUAGUAUCCGCUCCGGGUUUUAGUCCGAACUUUAAUAAAGUCAUUCUGGGAUGGAGAAAGCAUCCUUUUGGAGUCGUUUUUUAAAAAAAUAAUAAAGUUCGGACUAAAAGAAGUAGCCUAUUUCCCUCGGAAAUAAAUAAAAUCCCAGUUUUUAAAUCUUCAGUUCGGUCUUGAAAGAAAUAAUAAUUAAAAAAAUGAAUUUGGCGUGCUCUGUCCAAGAGGAGAAAGGACUUUUGUUUCUGUUUUUAAAUUAAUGCACGAAGAAGAUUUUUUUUUUUUAAACUGUCUAUAUCUGUAUAUAUAUAUAUCUGAAGAGGACAAAUGGUCUUAUUGUUUCUUGUCGGUUUAAUUUGUAAAAAGGAGGGGAAAAGAAGAAGCUCAAUAAAGAUGUGGGAAAAUCAA